AUGCAGUCUAUGCCACAACUGCUAAGGCAAUCGCUUCGGUCAAGCCUUCAACUUACAAGCACUUCCUCGGUGCGAACACAAUUCCGCCCUACUGCAUUCUCCCUCACCAGACCGACUCCGCGGAGCUUCUCCGCCUGUGUACAAUGCCAAUUCCGCCUACACCAGGGCAAAUAUGCCGCCUUCGAUGACAGAGAGAGGUUCGCAGCUGAUACCGAGAGAUUGAUCAGAGAAAAGGAGAAGGAACUCGCGGCACAGGAGCUCGCCGCGCGCGAUCCCGCCCCGAUCCCGGGUGUGGAGGCGGGCAGUUCUGUGGAUUCGGUACCUCCUCCCCAAGAGCCCGACCAGGCCACCACACAACCACAAACAAAGAAGAGCGACCAGGAGCAGUCAGCUUCCCAGGAGGAAGAUGCCAGUGCUACUGGUACAAGGAGCGGGGGCCUGCCGUCGUACUUGGAAAGCCGUCGGUCAAAAUGGUCCAAGCAGUUCACUACAAUGAUGGACAAUGUGCAAUCCAACGUCUUUGUAGCAGGCCAACGGCUAAAUGACUUGACUGGAUACUCCAGCAUCGAAGCUCUGAAGAAUGACAUCCAGUUCCACGAGGGCCGACUCCGCACCGCCCGAGCGAAUGUUAAACGUGCGAAAGAAGAAUAUGCUGCAGCAAUCAAUCGCCGCUCCACCUCCCAACGCGAAGUAAACGAGCUCCUCCAACGCAAGCACGCCUGGUCCUCAACAGACCUGGAGCGUUUCACCCUCCUCUACCGCAACGAUCACACCAACGAGGUCGCCGAGACCGAGACUUCCCAAGCCCUGUCAGCCUCAGAGCGCGAAGCCGAAGAGGCAGCCGCUCAACUGAGCAAGAGCAUUCUCUCGCGAUACCACGAGGAGCAAGUCUGGUCCGACAAGAUCCGCCGCAUGUCAACAUGGGGAACCUGGGGUUUGAUGGGCAUGAACGUCCUGCUAUUCCUUGUCUUCCAAAUCCUCGUGGAGCCGUGGCGCCGGAAGCGUCUCGUCAAGGGCUUCGAGGAUAAGGUCGUUGAAGCAUUGGAGAAGGAGAAGGAGCUGAGUCGGGCUAUUCUGGCUGAGAGCGCUGUCUCAAUCUCCGCAUCGCCGAAUAUCACUGUCCUCCCCGAGGUAAUUGAUUCUACCAAUGAGAACCUGGAGCCCACUGCUUCUCUUUCGGCGGAACCGAAGCUUACUGCAGUACAGAAUGAUGCUUCCGCUACUGGAACUAUUAUUACGGCGAGCGACGCCGUGGCGUCACAGUCUCUUCAGAGCCGUCUCUUGAACAUUCCACCUCCGGUUAUGUCGGUGGAGUAUUGGAAGCAAGUUGCCGACGAGUUCUUCAGUGAACGCAGCAUUUCUGUCUCGCAGCGCGACGUCACCACUGUGGCUCUCCAGAGUGCUGCAGCUGGUGCAGCUGUGACGGGCCUACUGUUCGCCCUUAUCGGAUCUCGGUAA